GACUUUAAAUCAUAGACAAUCACUUUCAAGUGGCAGUCUCCAAAGUCCAUAACUAGAGAAAAUUAAUUUUUUAAUUUUUUAUAUAAAAAAAAAUGAAGAAAGGAAGAAAUAGAUAGAUAAUAAUUGUUCAUAUUAUAAUGUUAAAAAAUAAAAUAAAAAUAUAUGGAAGUUCUGAAAGUAAGCCAAAAAAGAAGGCAAACAAAGAGGGACUAGGAGAGAAGGGAAAAAAGAGCAUAAAAUCUAGGUAUAUAUAAAAAAACAUUAGAAUCUACACACAAUCUGAUCCAGCGAUGCAAUUAUUACUGGCCGAGCAAAACAGCUUAAAAAGGGUUUUCCGAGAUCUCUGAUUUCUCAGCUCAGUUUGCCAAGAAAGUUUUUUUUGUUCCAAACAAAGGAAGACCGAGAGAGAAAGAGAGAGAUCGAUUACAUACACACACAUCAGUUUCCCUUUGGGAUUUGCAAAAAAAAAAAAAAAAAAAGAGAAAAAAGGAGACCCUCUCUCUCUAUAGUACAUAUCUUCUCCUUCUUUCUUCAUAAAAAUAAUCAAGAGAGGGUGCUAGUUAUAGGUAGAAAAACAGUACUCAUUGGACGAAGAAGAAGAAGAAAAAGAGAAGAUGGGCAGUGGUUAUUUUGGAGAGCCAAACUUGGGAAACGAAAGAGGAAGUGGGUCUUCGAAUUCUAAUUCAUCAUCAAGGAAAGGGAAGAAAUCUAGCUCAGAGAAGCCAAGGCAACCCCAAAGAGGACUUGGAGUGGCUCAAUUGGAGAAGAUCAGAUUACAUGGCCAGAUGGGUUGUGCUACUUAUGGCCAUCCUUCUCUCCAUACCACUUACCCUAUAUCAUCUACUAAUUUCAACAACGCCGAUGAUAUGAGAGUCCAUACAGCUUAUUCAGCGAUACCAUCGUCUUCUUUUUCGUAUUCUUCUUCCUCUUCGUCUUCCUCAGCCUCCUACGGUUUCAAUCCCAAUAUCAUGAUGGGACUCGGUGAAUAUGAAAGAGCAAACAUCAGAUAUGGAGAUUCCCAACCUACUACAACAGCAAGAUGGGACCCCAGCAACGGCAUGUUAGAGACCCAAUAUACGGCACAACCCAGCAUGACCAGACACCUCCUCAAUCUGGACGUAGAGGAAUCUCAGCGCACGUCCAAGAGUCAAAAGCAUAGAAGUAACUCACUGGGUAGUCAGAAUUCUGAAUCAAGUGACACUCAAGAACUAGAUUUGGAGCUGAGACUGUCACUUUGAUGCGAUUGAUCAUAUAUAUGAUGGACAAUAUUACUAUCUCUCUACCAUGCCUGAAUAUUAAUGCACACGUAUGUGGGUUGUGAAAUAAUGCACACGUAUAUAUGUGGGUUCUUAAUUUUACAAUGUUAUGCUUUAUUACUUAUGAUGAAUAUAAUUUGGAAUAUAUUUGCAAAAAAUGUUCGAGCAUG